AUGGCGUCUUCUUCGAGCACUCUCUCCCGCCUCUUCCGGUGCUCAAGGGCCCGCCACGCAAACCGUUCAGUCGCCGCCGUGGGCAGUCGGAAACCUCGGCCAGUGCCAUCCCCUAAUCCGAUGAGGCGCCCCGACCAGGGAGUGGAGGAAGUGGUCGGCGACCUCUUCAAUGAGCGCGACCUCCACAGGCUCGUUUCCCGCUUCAAGGAGGCCUCCGCCUGCCGCCGAUUCCGCUCCAAGCACCGGGUCUACGAGGUCGCCGUCCAGCGCCUUGCGGCGGCCGGCAGGCACGACGGCGUCGAGGAGAUCCUGGAGGAUCAGAAGCGGUACGGGGAAGACAUCGCCCGCGAGGGCUUCGCCGCCCGGGUGAUCGGCCUCUACGGCAAGGCCGGGAUGGCGGCGGCGGCGGAGGAGACCUUCCGGCAGCUGCCCUCCCUCGGCUGUUGCCGCACCGCGUUGUCCUUCAACGCGCUGCUCAGCGCAUGUUCCGCCGCUGCGGACCCGGAGCGGAUUGACGAACUGUUCCGGUCGAUCCCCGCGGAGUGCCCGGGGAUCGCCCCCGACAAGGUCUCCUACAACAUCUUGAUCAAGUCCAUGUGCAGGAGGAGCGAUCUCGACGGGGCAAUGUGCUUGUUGGAGAUGAUGGAGGAGCGCGGGGCAGAGCCCAACUUGAUCACCUUCAACACCCUCCUUGACGGGUUCUACUCCCAUGGGCGAUUCUCAGAUGCCGAGAAAAUCUGGGAGCUGAUGGCCCAGAAGAAAUGUCAGCCCGAUGUGAAGAGCUUCAACGCGAAGCUGAGGGGGCUGGUGCUUGGCUCGAGGACGACGGAGGCGGCGGAGAUCGUCGAGCGACUUCCGGGCAUGGGGCUGCGGCCGGACACCUUUACCUUCAAUUCUCUGAUCAAGGGGCACUGCGAGGCCGGGAACCUGGACGAUGCCAGGAAGGUGUUCGAGAAUUUGACGAAGAACGGGUGCCGUCCCAACAGGGAGACCUUCGAGACGAUGGUGCCCAGGCUCUGUCAGGCAGGGGAGCUCGAUCUGGCGCUCAGCAUGUGCAAGGAGAGCAUCAGCCGGAAGUGUUGCGUCACGGCGGAGAUCCUGCAGGAGGUGGCGGACUCCUUGUCCGCGUGCUCAAGAGCGGACGACGCAGAGAAGCUCGUGAAGCUUUCAUGGCUGAAGAACUACGACGAGAUGAGCGUACGGAUGCCUUCUCCCUCGGCUGCGGCGGCGGUGGCGACGCCGGAGUCCGCAUGA